UCACUGCGGCGCGCCGGAAGUGACUGAUACGGUCGCCAGAGACUCCGGAAGUGGCUGCUGUGGGGGAUUACUGCAGACUUUGACUCCCGGCUUGCGAUGGGUUGCGACGGGGGAACAAUCCCCAAGAGACACGAACUGGUGAAGGGGCCGAAGAAAGUUGAGAAGGUUGACAAAGAUGCUGAAUUAGUGGCCCAGUGGAACUACUGUGCUCUAAGUCAAGAAAUAUUAAGGCGACCGAUAGUUGCCUGUGAGCUUGGCAGACUUUACAACAAAGAUGCCGUCAUUGAGUUUCUAUUGGACAAAUCAUCUGAAAAGGCUCUUGGGAAGGCGGCAUCUCACAUUAAAAGCAUUAAGAAUGUGACCGAACUAAGGCUUUCUGACAACCCUGCCUGGGAAGGAGACAAAGGAAACACAAAAGGUGACAAACACGAUGACCUCCAGCGGGCGCGUUUCAUCUGCCCCGUCGUGGGCUUGGAGAUGAACGGCAGACACAGGUUUUGCUUCCUGCGGUGCUGUGGUUGCGUGUUUUCCGAACGAGCCCUGAAGGAGAUAAAAGCAGAAGUUUGUCACACAUGCGGGGCUGCCUUCCAGGAGGAUGACGUCAUCGUGCUCAAUGGCACCAAGGAGGACGUGGAAGUGCUGAAGGGAAGGAUGGAGGAGAGACGGCUUCGAGCGAAGCUGGGAAAGAAAGCAAAGAAACCAAAGGCAGCGGAGUCUGUCUCAAAAUCAGAUGUCAGUGAAGAAACCCCAGGACCAUCAAAAAUUAAGACUGGGAAGCCUGAAGAAACCAGCCUUGAUUCUAGAGAGAAGAAAACCAACUCGGCUCUCAAAAGUGCAGCAAAUGGGAGCUCUUCUGGAAAAGCCGGGAAGCCUCCGUGUGGAGCGACAAAGAGGUCCAUUGCCGACAGUGAGGAGUCGGAAGCUUACAAGUCCCUUUUCACAACUCACAGCUCCGCCAAGCGCUCCAAGGAGGAGUCAGCCCACUGGGUCACCCACACGUCCUACUGCUUCUGAAGCCCGUGCCGCGCCCCCACGCCGGCUCCUCCGACUCCACGAGGGAGGGGCUGUGGGCCUGGGCUGUGCUCUGUGUGCUCUGCUCCAGCUCCGUCUGCACGAGGUCAACCCCCCAAACCUCUGCCGCUGUGGUCAG